CUAAUAACCGAUAGUUCAAUAGGCCUACCUACAAUUUCAUGCUGUUAAAAUCCAUUUGUACAAUGUUACAACACAGAGAGGAUCUUGACCCAAAUUAUACCGUUUAUUGGUUAUAAAACGAAGCAUCCUUCCAAUAAAGGCGUAUGGUUUAGCUCUUUAAAUAUUGUCGGGGAAGGCUGGCCGUGGUGGAGCUGAUUUAUCCUCUGUGUUGUGUCCCACGGUCACGUGCCCGCGCGUCCUAUCCCGUCCAUGGCGAGCUGCAUUCUCCUGCCCGGCUCCUGCACAGGAGGCUACAAUGAGGCCGUUUUUUAAAAAAUUGUAAGGGAUUGAAACGUUGUGGUGUUGUCAUGUCGACAUUGGGUACGAGCUAUUAUUUGGACUCACGGAUCCACCCCGAGCAGGAGGAGAUGCCCCCCAUGUAUUCGUCUGUAGUCGGGGUGGAACAGGGGGGACAGACGAUGCUCGGUGAAUAUGGCGAACAAGAAACCUUUCCUUUCCAGUCGAAAUCUUCUAUUUUUGGCGGAUCUUGGAAUCCUAUCUCGAGCCACCCUUCAACCACGACCAAUCCGACAUACAUGCAUCAUCAUUACACAAUGGGUGAAUCCGAUGGCAUGUUUGCGCGCACUUGGGCGUUGGAUCCUGUUUCUGCUUCCAUGUGUUUAAAUGGUUUACCAUCUACGACCAUGCAUUAUGAUAUCAAAUCCGAGCCUUUAUUCGGCGGUGGCCACAGCACAACUUUGGAGAGCCGUACACCUCGUGUGUCGAGCAGUGGGAAGGCGCCGUCCAUCCCGGAGAUGGCCGGUGAUCCUCCUCCUCUGAAGCCCGUCGAGGAGAGCACGUCAGCAGAAGAAAGAAAGAGAGUCACAGACGCAAACGACCCCUCAUCCAAUUGGCUUCACGCCAAAUCCACCAGGAAAAAACGGUGUCCAUAUACCAAACAUCAGAUUCUGGAAUUGGAAAAGGAAUUUCUGUUUAACAUGUACCUCCCACGGGAUCGUAGAUAUGAAGUUGCAAGACAGUUGAAUUUGACCGAGAGACAGGUCAAAAUCUGGUUUCAGAACCGCAGGAUGAAAAUGAAGAAAGGCAGCAAAGACCAGCGGAGAGACAAUUAAAUAUGAUUAUUAAUAUGAUGAUCAUCUGGAGUUGGGAUUACAAAAGAGUAACAUUACUAUUUAAUUUCCUUGAAAUUGUAUAUGUUGUUGAAACGUCUGUGCUGUUAUAAAAUAGGCCUACCUAAAUAGUUUAUAUGAUGUUGAAUGUUUGAUAUUAUUAGAGGUUAUUGUAUCUCUAGAUGUAGAUGUUGAAACUAACUGGUCCAUUUGAAUAAUUAUUUCCUGCAUGAAAUUGAGCUUAAAGCGUACGUUCAAUUGUUUGUGAUGUUAUUGCAUUGAAUAGGCCUAUAUGAAUGUAUUUUAACUAAGUACGAAUUUAUUAUUGCAUUUCCAAUUCUUACUUUUUUUAUUUCAAGUUAAUUUGCAUUUGUACACAUUUAACAACACAAUGCACACUGAAAAUACCUCGCCGUAAAGUCUUACCAAUAAAUAACCUACUGUUUAUAUGACUCCCAA